UUGUUAAAUAAUAAAGUAACAUAAGUGGGUGUGUAAAAAAUAGUGUGUGACAAAAUGAAGCUAUAGACGGAAUUACAUGGUUAAUGACAAACUCCUGUGUUUUCUUCGUUCAUACGAACAUAAUAGUGGCGACGUAUGGUAAAAGUGAUCAAAAUGGAUAAAAAAGCAAUAAGUUUUGACGAGUUUAAUCCGGACACGGCUAAUUGGGACAAUUAUAUCGAAAGGUUAAAAUUCUGUUUCGAAGCAAACGGAAUCAUCGUGGACAACGUGAAACGUGCUAACUUUUUUACAGUAUGUGGUUCACGCGUAUACGAAACUUUACUUGCGUUAAUUACGCCCAGGAAGGCGAUCGAUGUGACGUUUACGGAGAUAGAAACUAUAUUGGGCAAACAUUAUAGUCCGAAACCAAAUGAAAUAUCAAUGUCUUUCAAGUUUUACAAACGCGACCAAAAGCGCGGGGAAUCAGCAUCGUCAUACAUAGCCGAACUGAGAAAACUAAGCUCCGGGUGUAACUUCAGUGACUUAGAAAGAAUGCUACGGGAUAGACUGGUGUGUGGAAUGUGUGACAGUAGGUUGCAAUACGAACUAUUAAAACGAGAAAAUUUACAAUAUCAACAUGUGGUAGAUGCGAUGUUGUCAUCUGAAAGUGCGGGACGUGACGUUCGAAUAAUCCAAAGAGCAGCGUCUGCCAGUGUUAUUUCAGACCUGCCGACACACGCCACGACACCCGAAGGCGACGCCCCGGAACCGAUGGAAGUUAAUGCAGUGCAAAUGACACCUAAUUUAAGAAUGUGUUUUCGUUGUGGUAAUCGGCACCCGGGAGAGUGUCGUUUUAUUAAUGCUGUGUGUAGGUAUUGCAAAAAGAGAGGACACAUCGAAAAAAUUUGCAUUAAAAAGAAGAAGUCUACUAACAGAAAUGUUCAUUACACAGAAGAGUGUGACGAAUAUUUAAAUGGCAUUUAUAAUGUUAAGAGCUCAAGCCGCAUCCCGCCAUUUGAAGUAGAAGUAUUUUUAUUCGACAUGCCUGUUCGCAUGCAAGUGGACACAGGAGCUAGCUUCACCUUAAUUAAUGAAUACACCUGGAAUAUGCUUUGUAAACAUCUGCCGUGUAAUACGCUGCAACAAGUUCAGUUAUGUCUACGAACAUGGAAUGAAACUCCAGUACACAUACUCGGACGGGUUACAGUACCAGUACAGUAUAAGGACAUAGAGCAAAGCUUAGAUGUUAUUGUUGCUAAGGGUAGCGGACCAAAUCUUCUUGGGCGUGAUUGGUUGGCUCCACUUAAUAUAAAAAUAAAUAUCAACUUUAUUUCCAACGAAGAUUUUUUACAAAUGGACAGAUUAAUUACAAAAUAUGAAGAAGUAUUUAAGGACGGACUAGGCAGCUACCGUGGUCAGCCAGUCACUAUACAUACUAAACCAGGGACAAACCCAAAAUUUCUUAAAGCUCGCCCUGUACCAUACGCAAUCAAAGAGCGAGUGGAAAAAGAAAUAGACAGGUUGGAACGAGAAGGAGUUUUGAAGCCUGUAUCUUUUUCAGAGUGGGCUACACCGGUAGUACCUAUUUUGAAAAAAUCUGGUGAAGUUAGACUGUGCGGAGAUUAUCGUAGUACGGUCAAUGAAGCGACAGAAUCUGACACUUAUCCAAUGCCGACGGCUAGUGAAGUUUUUGCGAUAAUAGCUGGUGGUAAAUUUUUUACCACUUUGGAUUUAGACCGAGCCUACACGCAGGUAUUGGUGGAUGAUGAUACAGCGAAAUUGCUUACAUUAAACACUUCUAAAGGCCUUUAUACGGUACAUCGAUUAGCCUUUGGGGUUAAAGCCUGCCCCGGAAUCUUUCAAAGGUUAAUGACUUCGCUACUAGCAGGAAUACAAGGAGUAGCAGUGCUGAUUGACGAUAUUAUAGUUUGUGGUCGUACAAUGUUGGAAAUGCAAGAAAGGCUUGACAUGGUGCUAAGUAGAAUCGAAAAAGCUGGACUUAGAUUAAAUAAAAAUAAAUGCAAAUUUGCAAAAGAAAGAGUAGAAUUUUUAGGUUUUGUUAUCGACUCUGAGGGAAUUCAUCCAGCACCGAGUAAAGUUGAGUCAAUAUUAAACACUCCGGAACCGAGAAAUAAAAAAGAGCUACAAGCAUUUCUUGGGCUUUACAAUUUCUAUGAACGGUUUAUCCCACAUAAAGCUACAAUACUAGAGCCUUUACAUAGGUUAUUAGAUUCAUCACGGUCUUGGAAAUGGUCGGAUUUAGAGCAGAAAUCAUUCAUAACAGCAAAACAUUUACUUACUUUUGAUUUGACUCUUGUACAUUAUGAUGAAAAUAAGCCUUUGAUACUCACUUGUGACAGUUCGGAAUAUGGGGUAGGAGCGGUCCUAUCCCAUGAAAUGGAAGACGGUCAAGAACGACCUAUAGCCAUGGCAUCUCGGACACUGCAUUCAUAUGAACGGCGAUAUUCACAGCUUGAUAAAGAAGCCACCUCUAUUAUGUUUGGUAUCACAAAAUUUCACAAUUAUCUUAUGGCUAGGCGUUUCCGCAUAGUUACCGACCACAAACCGUUACUUGGUAUUUUUGACCCGAAGAAACCAAUGCCGAAUAUGCUUUCACCUCGUUUAACUAGAAUUGCCAUCGCUUUAACUUCUCAUAAUUAUGAAAUCGUAUAUAAACCGGGAUCACAAAUCGGUAGUGCGGACAGUUUAAGUAGAUGGCCACAACCGGUUCCAGAGCAACCUGAACAGCAAUUAAGCGACAUUCUUUUAAUGGCUGAAGCACCUGAAGAUUUUCCCUACGACGUCCAACGUAUUGCUUCUGAGACAAAACGAGACAAGACAUUAUCCCGGGUUAUGAACUAUAUUCAGCGCGGGUGGCCUGAUAAACUUAAUGAUACAGAUUUGCGUCCGUUUUGGUUACACCGCACAGAGCUUUCAUUACAAGACGAUUGUAUACUACUGGGUUGUCGUGUGGUAGUACCAGAGUUACUUCGACAGGCGGUGUUAAAAAUGUUACAUAAAGCACAUACUGGAAUAGUGCAAACCAAAGCGAUAGCUAGGAGCUAUGUGUGGUGGCCUUCUCUCAGUGAAGACAUCGAAACGUUAAUUGACAGUUGUUCUAAAUGUUUAGAAAAUCGACACAUGCCGUCAAAGAGUAGUCAUGAAUGGAUAACACCUUCAAGACCAUGGUCGCGAAUACACAUGGAUUUUGCUGGGCCAUUUCAUAAUAAAUAUUUUCUUAUAAUUGUCUAUUCGUAUUCGAGAUGGCCUGAAUUGUUUAUGGUUAAUAACACUACGUCGGCUACAGUAAUUCGGCUUUUGAGAUCAUCAUUUUCUACACACGGAUUAUGCGAAACAAUAGUAUCGGAUAAUGGCACAUCAUUUGUUUCAAAUGAAAUGAAAAAAUUCCUACUUGCUAACAAUAUUCGACAUGUGACCACAGCACCAUAUCACCCAGCUACUAAUGGAUUGGCAGAGCGUAUGGUGCAAACAAUAAAAGAUAAACUCAGAAAAAUGGAUGAUUUGGAAUGGGAGAUAAGAAUUCCCAAUUUACUAUUAACACUUAGAAGUACUCCUUGUACCACAACAAACAAAAGUCCGGCCGAAUUGUUAAUGAAAAGACGUUUGCGCACAUUAUUAGAUACUUUGCAUCCAGACAAUAUACAACGUAAGAAGACUGAAGAACAAAUUACUAAAAAUAAUGAAAAGAAAAACAGGGAGACUAAUGUGGAAGAACAAGUAAUGUUUAGAAACUACAACCCCAGUGGCCCAAGAUGGCUACCAGGAAAAAUUAUUGACAAAAGAGGCCCAUCAACUUACAGGGUACAGACAAAUGAUGGUGGAGUAAUUACAAGGCAUAUAGAUCAACUAAUCAAAAAAAGAUCUAUUACUACACAUCCGGAGAAAGAGGGAAAUGUAGUUAAGAGUACACAAAACACGGAUAACACAGUACAUGAAGAAAAUAAGGAAGGAGUAAGAAAUAGUCAAGAAUUUGAUAGAAUAAUUGAGAUACCAGAUGCUAGCGAAUGGGAAGAGAUGUUGGGGAUUCCAUCUACUUUUUCUGAUAGUAUAGAAAAAACAAGAAAUAAAUUAAACUAG